AUGGCCUCGAAUGCGCCCUCAUCGGCUUCCAAAGAGACGGUUCCACCCCGUCGCCCAACCACAACCAGCGCUACAACUGCUGCUGGUGCCCGUCGCCCCGCCGCGUCAUCAACAAGCACGGCCAGAACAGCUACGGGCGCGACAAAGGCGCCUUCCACCUCAACCUCGCGCACCAGCGCAGUCGGGGGUAGUCUGAAUAAGCCACCUACGCGUCCAGCGGCGACGACUGCAGCAAGAAAGACGGCCUUGUCCUCCCGAACGACGUCUGAUGCCGAACCAGACCUAUCGUCAUUGACUUCUGGGGAUGAGAAGAAGAAGCCAACUGUGCGCAGAGCGCCAGUUACGGCGGCAAGUGCGACACGCCCAUCGCCAGCAAAGCCAAGCCCUUCUCGUCAAUCGCUUGCUUCUUCGUCUACAACCUCGGCGACGGCAGCGACGAAGCGACCACUGACGACACGGCCUGCAGCAGAGGCAGCGACGACCCGCGCACCGCGCACCUCCCUUGCUUCGGGUGCGAGACCUGCUGCUACACGCCCAUCUGCGGCGACAGCGACAACUCGAGCGGCAGGCACCAUACCAAAAGUGCCCGUAGGACAUGCGAAAAAGCUCUCGGCCGCUGCCCCCGCUGCGCCUACACCCCCGCCCGAGACAGAGGACACGGCAGAGGAAGGGGAAAGCCCCAUUGUAUCGCCCCGCGGCAAUGCCCUCCACAAGGAAAAGGCCGCCUCCGAUGCCGAAGUCGAGCAUCGCAAGAACGUCCUCCAGCCCCUCAAGGCCGCCUUGGCGAACCUGGGCGAGGAGACACCACGGCCGGACACUGCGCCCACAGGAACCGCCGAGAUGGACGUUGAGAUGAAGAGGCGGAGCGCCCAGAUCAUGCAAGACUUCUUCAAGGAGACCAAUCUGCGCGAUAAGCUCCAGGAGCAAUGCGACGACCUCAGUCGUGAGGUGGACAAUUUGCAGUCGGAGAAGGCGAAGCUACGUAGCCAGCUGGCCGAUGCGCAGGCGGCCAUAGUGGAAAAGGACAAGGCUAUUGCUGGCGGCACUAGUGCCUCGCCAUCCGAGCAAAGCGCGCACACAACCCUUGUCAAAGACAUGGAGACGAAGUUUGCGAGGGAGACCAAACAGCUGGAGGAGCAGAGCCAGCAGCUAGAGGAGGAGAAGAAGGCGGCGCAAGAGAGAGAGGCCACGGAAGCAGCCAAGGCCAGCGAAUUGCAGCAGGUGCUUGACGAUUUGAACGCGGAACUCGAGCAACAAGGUCGCCAGUGGGACGAGGAGAAGAAGAAACUCGCCGAGCAGGCCACGCAGAUCGAACAGCUAACCACCGAGGUUGCGACCCUCAAGGACGAGCGCGACACACUCUCGCAGGAGCUGGACAUUGCGAAAAAGACGCUGGAAACCCUCGAAGCCAAGUUUCUCGACCUUGAACAGACCCAGGCGGAUAAUCUUCGUUCGCGCGAUGCUAAGAUCAACGAGCUGACCAAGACUGUCGAUGAGUACGUAACUGAAGUCGCGUCAAGGGAGGAACAACACAAAGAGGCCCUGCAACAAGCACAGCAGUCUUUGGAAUCCAAGUCGUCUGAGUCUUCAGUCGUGGUGGAAGAGCUCCAGGCCAAGAUUGAAUCGCUGCAUCAACAGCACACGGACGAAUUGCGACUCAAGGACGAAGAAAUAGUGUCCCACCUUCAGACGAAGAAAGAGUUACAAGACGACCUCGCCAACCUGCAGCAGCGUGCUGAUCAAACCUCGCAAGAGCUUGAGAACGAACGCAAUGCGCACACCGAACAGCUCCAAGCCAAGAUCGACGAGAUACGGAGCACUUCGAAUGACGAGCUGCGCUCAAAAGAAGAGGAGCUUUCAGGCCACCUCAAGUCGAUUGACGGUCUUCAGGAGCAGAUCGUGGCUCUUCAGCAGGGCCAGCGCACUCAAGUCCGAGUUGAGUCGAUAGAGGAGAAGCACAGACAGGAUUUGCGUGUAAUAGGCGAGGACUACGAGCGCGAGAUUGAAUCGCUCAGAGCUGACUUGGAAGGAGAUGCGACAAACCGACUAAACAAGCUUCAAGCUGAAUUCGACUCAUUAGUGGCUGAAAAGAACGAACUCAGUAAACAACACGACCAGGUCAUCGCAGAGAGAUCCGCGGAACUCGAGGCUCUCAAGCAAGAGCUGGCCAAUCUCCAAGACAACAUCACAUCAGCGGCUGGAGAUCACGAGAAGACUCUUAGCAAGCUCAAGCAAGUCGAAGACGACAAAGCAGCUCUGGCGGAGGCUCACGGCAUUUCACAAUCCCUGGUUGCUGACCUCCAAGCUCGCGUUGACUCACUGACCAGUGACGCUGGUGUUGCCAAAGAUCUACAGGCUAAGAUUGACGCAUUGCAACAGGAAAGAGAUGCCGUGGUUGAAGCUCAUACAGCCUCGCAUUCGAUCAUUUCCGACUUGCAAGCUCGUCACGAUUCUUUGCUAGAGGAGAAGACCGCCGCAGAGGAUGCACAUGCUCGUGCUGUCGAGGCCCUGAAGCAGGAGUCUGAGAGCACCCUUAAACAGCUGCUUGGUGGCUUGCAGUCAAAGUAUGAAACUUUGCUCGAAGAGAAGAAGGCUGCCGAAGACGAACACGCCCGUAUUGUUGAGGCCUUGAAGGAGGAUUCCGAGAGCUCUUCAAAGCAAAUCCUGGCUGAGCUUCAGGCCAGAUACGAUACCUUGCUACAAGAAAAGGCCGCAGCUGAAGAUGCACACAACCAUGCCAUUAAGGAAAUCCAGGAACAGUCUGAGAGUGCGUCGGAACAACGCCUUGCAGAACUCCAGUCCAAGUACAAUGACCUGCUGGAAGAGAAGAUGGCGAUGGAGUCUGUUCAUGCUCAGACGAUAGAGGCAUUGAAAACAGAAUCGGAGAGCACAACCAAAUCUGCUCUAGCAGAGCUGCAAUCCAAGUAUGACUCGUUGGCUGAAGAAAAGUCGGAGUUGGAUAGCACAUCGAAGCAGCGUCUUGAUGAGAUCCAAGCCAAGUACGACCAGUUGCAAGACGAUUUGAACGGCACAUCAGAGAACUUGCGCGAUCUCCAAAAGAAGCACGACGCUGUUACUCAAGACAUGGCCAGUCAUGAAGGAUCCAACAAGGCUGAAGUCGAGAACCUUCAAACCCAGCGGGAUGCCUUUGCCAGCCAGCUCGCAGAACUGGAGAAGAGCCACGCCGAGUUACUUGCCAAACAACUGGCAGCCGAGGAGGCUCAUGCUAACAAGCUUGAAACACAGCACGUGGAGAUCGAAAAGAAGUACGCCAGCUUGCUAGAAAUCAUGCAGAGUGAUGCAGAACGUCUUGAACAAGAGAAGUCUGCAGCUCUGUCAGGCAAGCAAUCCGCUCUUAACGAACUCGUGGCUCUUAAGAAAGAGCUUCAUGCAGAAAUCGAUGAACUCAAACAAGGUCUUUCAACAAAGCAAGAGUCCAGCUCGCCUGAUACUGCGGAUCUAGUCAACAAGUACGAAGCUCUCCUUGCCGAAAAGGCUGCUUCCGACAAGGAACACGAAGACGCGAUUGUUGCGCUCAGGGACUCAUUGACGAAUGAUCACAAGGAAACGUUGUCGAAAUUGCAGUCUGAUCGCGAUGCGUUGCAGCUCAAGAUUGCCGACACCGACCGCGAGCAUCUUGAAGCAAUCCAAGCAUUGAAGAGCGAGUUCAAGGCAGACCAUUCCAAAGAGAUGCAGGCCCUACAACAGCAGCUCGAAGCUUUGCAGAAACAACACUUGGACCUCACCGAACAGAAGACGUCUAUGGAUCAGGCGCAUGAGGCUGCAAUCGGCGAGUUGAUGGUUGGCAUGGAGGCCAGUACAUCGGACGCUCUCCAACAACUGCAGAAGAAGUACGACGCCCUUGCUGCUGAACUGGAGAUGGCGCGUUCCACCCACGCCGCUGAGCUCGAGGCUGCAAAGCUGGAAGCCAGCAAGCAACAGGCUUCGCACAUAGACUCUCCGUUGCAGAAGGAGUACGCCAGCCCCACUGUCGAUACCUUCGGUCCGGACACAACAGCACUUGAGGAGCGGAUCCGCGCAGUGGAGCGCGAACGCGACGAAGCCAUCCGGGCCGCUGAAGACGCUGAAGACGAGAUUGAGACGAUGAAAGUCGAAGUCGUCCGGAAGCACUUGGCUCGUGUUGAGCCCCUGGAGAAGGAGAACGCCUAUCUCACCGACAAGAUAACUCGCCUCGAAGCCAUCAUCGCCGCCGGUGAUAGAAUCGCCCGUGCCGCCGCCACCAUAGGCGAGAAACGCCAGAUCAACACCCUCGCCGAAGAAGAAGAAGAGGAAGAAGACGACACUGUAUCUGGCGCUCAACCCAAGGUGGUGAAUGGCGGUAGUGACCCCACCAAGGACGUAGUCGGAACUCAGUUGGCCGCGAUGCAGGAAACGUUACAACAGCUUGCUGAACUUAAUAAUGAUGCUAUUGCUGAGAGUACGAGGACGGCGCAGAGACUUACGGCCGAUCAGGAUCAGGACUAG